UUGUCGUGUCUCUAAACAACAAUUUGAGUAAACAUGAGAUGGAUGUGAGAAUAAGUAUAUGUAUAGUGGUUGGGGCAGUAGUAAUGUUCCCCGUGAUAGUUGUGCUUGUGUACCGUCUUAACAAAAAGUUACAAUUAUUUGCGAACUCAUUGAAGAAUAAGACAUAUGAUUUAGAACAAGAGCGAAAAAGAUCAGAACAAUUACUAUACCAAAUGCUGCCUGUUUCAAUAGCCAAGCGAAUGAUGAAAAAUAAGCCUAUAGAACCAGAAUAUUUUGAAUCAGUAACGAUAUACUUUUCCGAUAUAGUUGGAUUUACGACUAUCUGCUCUAAAAGUUCACCAAUGCAAGUCAUUUAUAUGUUGAAUGCCUUGUAUAGUAUGAUAGAUGAACGAAUAGAAAUGUUUGAUGUAUAUAAAGUAGAGACAAUAGGUGAUGCCUACAUGAUGGUUUCCGGUCUGCCAGUAAGGAAUAAUGACCAACAUGCAUCGGAAAUAGCUUUGAUGUCAUUAGACAUAUUGGAAAUAGUUGGUCAAUCGGUAAUACCUCAUAUACCAGGGGAGAAAUGGCAAAUAAGGAUUGGAAUAAAUACAGGUUCUGUCGUUGCUGGUGUUGUAGGAACAAAAAUGCCUCGAUAUUGUUUGUUUGGCAAUACAGUUAACGUUGCAUCUCGGAUGGAAUCAACAAGUCAACCGAGCAUGAUUCAUAUUUCGCCAUCUACGAAACUUGCUCUUGAACAACACCCAGGUUUUUUGGUGGAACUACGAGGUGAGACAAUAAUUAAGGGAAAAGGAGUAAUGUUGACAUAUUGGUUGUUGGGACAUCAGGAGAGUCACAACUGUUCCCGUUACACAGUUCCACAUAUAUUUAUCACCGAAAAACAUGAUAAAAGAAAUUCAACAAUUCUAACUCUAUCCUGAAACUUCAUGCCUCUCAAAUUAAACAGUCUGUUGAUUUUAUAUAUCUUUUUGAAAUGAAAGGUGAUCAUUUAAUCAUGAAUUACUUUUAAGGUCAUCGCCACUAUGUUGGUCCUACCAUUGUUCUGAAACCAAUCAGUUGUCCGCUAUGGUGGCAGAACUGAUGUGUGGUACAUGGGGAUAGUUUGCGUUUUGUUCCUGUUAUUCAAAGUUUUUUGUGGAAUUAAAGCGAUUGAGCUUAAUGGUCAUGAUCAUUUUUCCUUUCCAGAAAUAGUUUUAAUUCCUGCAGAUCUAUAGCUUUAUGAUGAUACAUUCUUGUAUAUACCAAAGACUAAAGAAUCGAGUUUUCGAUUUGUUUUGGCUAACGAAUCUUCAGCCUGAAAAGUCCCAAAAGAAUGGACUGUUAACAAUUAAACUGGAGGUACUGGUAUUGAUAACUGUCGAAGGAAUCAAACCUUUCUUAUCAUACAUGUAACGUUCAUGAAGGUUUCGACAACAUACAUAUUAUAUAACAUGUCGUGAAAAGACAGAUAAAAAAUUAACGAUCAGAAGGCAAUGAAUCACUUCGACAUAACCUGAAUAUAUAGUGCGGCAAUAUAAAACGGGAUACACAAUGAUAAGAUAAUUCUUUUGCCUUAUAUGUAUUAAUGUCGCUUGCACGGCUGUUUUUUUCAAAACUCAUUACAAAAUAAACUUUUGGAAUAUAAUCUACUGCGCUGAUGCUAUAAAAAUAAAUAAACAAAUACAUUGAUACUCAUAGGUAGUAUAUCCAUUUACAAAUAUCCCAAUUCCCAAUUACCAGACAUAGUCCCCACUGGACUUCGAUAAUUUGACAAUAAAAAAUCUUGCCAUAACAAACAAAAUUAUUGUCAAUCAAGAAGUUUAAAACAUUAUUCACUACUUCGCCCCGCAUGUCUUUACUAUGUUUUGUAUACAAUGUGCAUAUAACAUUC